UUAUUUUGAAGAAGCGGUACCGGAAACAGUUUUAUUGACCGUGGCUACUUGAGCAAUGCGGAGUCUGGAGUCCCAGUUCCUUGUUGUAGUAAACCGUUUCUCCGCGUGAGUCCUGCUCUUACCGUCACGUAGCUCAUCACAUACAACCGGAGCGAGCCACCGGAGCCCGUAUGUUUGCAUAAACUUGUUCAAAUGGACUUUGUGUACAUAUUCACGGAAAAUGUAGGCACAUCUCCGUUAGCCGAGAAUGCUAACUGGAGCUAGCGUAGCUGCAAAUAGACGGAGACAGAAUUUGGCCAUUUGGUGACAGGAGAGCAAACGGAGUUUUCUGACGGAGUUUGUUCGGAGGAAAAGUUUCUGUCGUUGUGUGAAAAUGACUAAAGUCCAAAUGCUGAGAUCGUUGGUGGAGCAGCGACUAACUGCGGCUGCUGAAGAGAUAUUUGGGCUGUUUGAAAGGACGAUAGCAGAGUACGAGGAGGAACUUUGUCGUUCAAAAGAGAAGAACGAGCGACAACAGAAACUACUGGACGCUGUUUACAACCCUCAGCUUCGGUUACACAGAGCAGAUGUCCAGCAGCUGUCGGUGGUGAAAGCAGAGGUUCCCCCUGAGCAGCAGGAGUGGAGCUCCAGUCUGGACCAGGAGGACCCAGAGCCCCCCCCACACAUUAAAGAGGAACAGGAGGAACUCUGGACCAGUCAGGAGGGAGAGCAGCUUCAAGGGCUGGAGGAGGCUGAUAUCAAGUUCCUGUUCACUUCUGUCCCUGUGAAGAGUGAAGAAGAUGAUGAAGAGAAAGCUCAGUCCUCACAGCUUCAUGAAAGCCAAACUGAGGAGAACAGAGAGGCAGAGAGAACAGGAGCUGAUGGAGAGGACUGUGGAGGACCAGAACCAGCCAGGAACUCAGAUCCAGAUAGUCCUUUACAACCAGCUACUCAUGACAAGACUUCAGACUCCUCUGAAUCUCAGACUGAUGCCAGUGCAGACUGGGAGGAGACUAGGGAACCUCAGUCAGGUUUAAACUCUCUGCAAAACAAUGAAGUAGCUGUAAGUGGUGUGGAAUGUAAUACUGGAAACACAUCAGUUAGCUCCUCUGAAUGUGCUGGAAGCUUUGGCAGAAAUAUCUUUGAAUUCAGUCACACUUUGGGUCAACGCAUAACAACCCACACAGGGGGGAAAUCAUUUAGUUGUUCGAUUUGCAGUAAAACAUUCGCAGACCCUAGAAAUCUGAGACGGCACAUGUCCGUCCACACCGGCGAGAAACCAUUUAUUUGUUCAGUUUGCGAUAAAGGAUUCGCUCAAAAGACACAUCUCAGGAAACACCUGGUUGUCCACACAGGUGAGAAAACGUUCAGUUGUUUCUUCUGUGAAAAAAGGUUUCGAGACCGUAGCUCUCUGAAGAGACACCUGAUCGUCCACACGGGGGAAAAACAAUUUAACUGUUCACUUUGUGAUAAAAGAUUUGCACUGAAGCAAACUCUGAAACGGCACUUGCUUGUCCACACGGGAGAGAAGUUAUAGUUUUGUUAUAAAAGAUUUGCAGACCCUAGUGGUCUGAAACGACACUUUACGGUCCACUUUGUAGAAAUAGUUGCUCAGCCAAUUCAUUUCUAGCAGAAUUGAAGGUCCCAUGACAUGCUGCUUUUUGGAUGCUUUUUAUACAGGCCUUAGUGGUCCCCUAAUA